UAGUGAAUUUUGACAGUUUGUAGUUCAUCUGUAGCUGUAUAUGUCCAUUUUGUAGACAUGAAUUAUUAUAUGCUGUUGAUGUAUCAUCAACAAUCUGGUUAUAUCUCUAGGGAUUUUGGGAGAAGGGGGUUAAUGGGAUGGGGGACUGAAUGAGAAAAAAGGUUGAUGAGAUUAAUUUGGGAGACGAGAGAUAACAGAAUAUUUAACUCGGUUACUAACUCUGUUAUUUUAAACCCAAAUUGAGGUCUUCUCCGUUAGUUAGGACAAACCUUGUUAAGGGUUGGAUCAAAGUUUCCACUUUUACAAACAUUAGGGAUGUUUUAUAUUCAUUAGUGUAGAUAAAGUACAAAAAUACUUCUAUAACCAUACUCUUAAGGGACUUUCUAAUUUUUGUUGUCUUUUUUUUUUCCUGGCUUCUGUGUCCCAUUUGUUUCUUGAUCAUAUUUCAAUAAAUGUUUUAUCGGAAAUUAGUAUGUUUAAUUGCAUAUCAAAAGCACUUCAUGUUUAUCGUGACCAUGUAGUGAUUUUUCAAAUUGAUCUUUGAAGAAUCAAUUUUUCUACCUGAAAGUUCAGCUCAGACACAGCUUUAAGUCACUCUACCCUCCUAGACCCCACUGUUGCGUUACACUAGGUAUGUUGUUGUUUGUUUGCACGAAUGUUCAGAAAACAUAUCUUUAUGUCUAAAUUGAGUGUGGAUUUUUCUGACCUCGUCUUUUCUCUAUACAUAGACAAAGACACACCUAGUGUUUCAUGGUGUGAGAAUUGAGAUUCCCAUUAUAUGCUUAACUAUUGUUUCUCUUCUCCAUUUUCGGCUCGUAAGUGUUAAAUAAGUUCCUGGAUGAUGGAUCCUGAGAUUUCAGCAGAUGAAAGCUAUGUUUCUGUGCCUCGUGGUGGUCCUAUUUACGUUUCCGAUAUGGUUGGUCCACUCACUAAGGUUGCUGACUUUGAGGUCAGCAUCUUCCGUGAACUUGAGCGCCUCAAGGCAGAGUUGUCCUCUGAUUCACUGGAAAUGUUUGAUGAUGAGAUAUCGAUUGAAGAUCUUAAAACUAUCUGUGAAGAGGAUUUGGUGGCUCAGGCCUUUGAAGAAGCGUUUAAGGAUGAGGAGCUGAAAAAAGACUCUUCACAAACUUUGGCAGAGCACCUCGGUACAAGAAGAACAGAUAAUGGGAAAUCGGAUGCUAAACUUGCUUCAUUGGAAAGGUCAGAGAGAGAAGUGGACUCUUACAGCAAAGGUUCAAAUAAACGUAAGUCCAACAAGAGGAAACGCUCAAAACACGUCCCUGCUGGGUCCGUCAGCAAAAAAGGUUCUAAUAAAAGAAAGUCCAACAAGAAGAAAUGGAGGAAGGAGAAUGAUGUUGAUGAACACUAUAUGCCGAAGGUGGAACAACUUGCAAAAAUUCAAGAAAAACAAGAGGAAGAGAAAGCAGCAGCACGAUUGCACUCUUUCAAUGGUAGGUGCAGCAGCAGCCAAUCUGCUCCAAUAUCCUCCAGUAGGGGUGGUAGGAUGAUAUCACUCAAGUCAGUAAGUUUGGGAACAAAGGUGAGAGCAGUAAAUACUCAUGAACAUAUUGCGGUGCAGUUUCCAGAAGCUAUCCUCUGUGUUGAGAUCUAUCAUUACAAAAAGUCAUGGAUAAAAACUCAAGAAUUUCUGGUCCUUGGGCGGCAAUUUUUGACGGAAAUGAGAGACAAGAUUUAUUGCAUUACUGACGAGAUAAUGAAAAAGACAGGCAAAAGUGAUCCUUCAGGCUUCUUCCUUGUGGAGGAUGUCUUUUGCAAUGAUUUCAGGCAUCCUUCUGCUAGUGACUAUAGUAAGCCAAUACUUGAUUGGAUUCAAGAUUCUAGAAGUGAGGUGCUGGAAAAAUGGGAAUCUAUCACCUCCGCUGAACUGCCACGAAAACAGAAGGCACUUUUUGGCAAUAGAAUUGGACCACAAUUGCCCCAUUUCAAGGCCAUUGAAAUGCAAAAAACUCGUUUUUGUGACUUACGGUUUCGACUUGGUGCUGGAUAUCUUUAUUGUCACCAGGGUGACUGCAAACAUCAAGUUGUAAUAAGAGACAUGAGAUUGAUACACCCCGAAGACGUGCAGAAUCGAGCUGCGUAUCCACUGAUAACUUUUCAGUCAAAGUUGAGGUUCCAGAAAUGCUCUGUUUGCAAGAUUUUUAAAGCAGUUAAGGUGACAGUGGACGAUAAAUGGGCAGCUGAAAAUCCUUGCUACUUCUGUGAACUUUGCUAUUACAUGCUCCAUUAUGUAAAUGUGUCUCUGCUUUAUGAUGAUUUCUCUGUGUAUGAAUAUCUGCAUGAGUAAAAUGUAAUCAAAACAGCAGACAAGCUAUACAUACUGUAAUUCUUAUAAUAGAUUGGAAAAAAAGUCUUCUUAGUUGAAGUUCUGAAAAUUUUCUGUG